GGCUGCCAGCCUCAGUAGAGGUCCUGAGUCUGCCAUGGACGCCAGCACCAGACCUCUCAGCUUGACUGGCUUACAUGUGACCCCGUCCCUGCUGCACCCUCCUCCUCCUCCACCAGCACACCUCUUCCUCCGGGCUCCUUCUCUGGAGCGAGGAUACCCGCGGACUCCCAAGUGUGCCCGGUGCCGCAACCACGGCGUGGUGUCGGCCCUAAAGGGCCACAAACGUUUUUGUCGCUGGAGGGACUGCGUGUGUGCCAAGUGUACCCUCAUAGCCGAGAGGCAGCGGGUGAUGGCGGCGCAGGUGGCCCUCAGAAGGCAGCAGGCGCAGGAAGAGAGUGAGGCCAGGGAGAUUCGGCUUUUGUACCCUGCAGGGCGGGCGCCUACCACUGGGGUGCCAGGGCAGCAUGUGGGGUCACCGUUGGGGCCCGAGAUGCAUACACCAAGGAGUCAGUCAUUUGAGUUUGACGUUUUCAGAACAGAGUCCUCCAAAGUUGAUGACAACCUGAGCAAGUACGCUUACAACGCUUUCAUAGGCCAAUCCCUCUUGGCUCCACCCAUCUCAAAGCCACAGCCCCCACGCAAGGACAAUUCGAUGACGGACCAGCGCACAGAAAGCCCCGCGUCCGUGUCCUCCGACGCGGAUUCGGGUAGCGAGUCGGAAAAACCCAAGGACUACCACCUGGCGAGUCGAGAUCGGGAACUCCAUCCUCGGGAACCGUCUGAAAUCUUAGCCAAGCUCUUUCCCCAUCAAAAACGUGACACGCUUGAGACUACCGUGAGAUCAUGCAAAGACGACAUUGUGAAGUCCAUUGAGUUGGUGCUAACCGCCAAAGAUAGCAAUACAACGCCGAAGCCUCCGUUGCAGGAAUCCGUUUUCUCGCCAAUCAACAUGUCACCCUUCGUCGGAGGUUACGGCUUAAACCCUCGCCUUGGAGUCAACCCCUUACGACUUGCCUAUUCCACCACGGCAAACACUAGCAUGGCUGGUUUCAUGUCGCCGUACGUGACAUCUGGACUCAUGCCCAUGUUUCCGCUGCGUCCUCCAUCCUUGGACGCAUACUCGUUCCCUGGCGUGAUCCGAGACCUUGCUUACCUUCCGAGUAAAGAGUUGCUGUGCAACGCGAGUCUGUACAAACAUCUGGCCAAUAACAAGUGAUCGUUUUUAAAGCUAUUUCCUCUUUCAAAAAGCCGGUCAGAUAUUGAUUUCAUGUUUUAAAAAUGUAUUUGUAACAAUAAUAAAACUUUA